AUGGUGGGGAGGUCUAUUCCAUCCAUGAUGAAGGCGCCCGACGUUCCACCGUGCGCAUGUCGUCCGCCCUGGGCGAAGGCAGGGUCGACCGCAGGCGGCGAUGGAAUCCGCCGCAGCCUCGCGCACCGCGCGACCUUCCGAGAUGAGCACAGCAAUGGCGAUCUGCGGCGUUCCAUCGCCAGCCACAAGUCCCACUCGGGCGACGAGUCCGGUGAGCUCCACCGGUCCGAUGGAAGCGAAGGUGAUGCUCGCCGAAGCACAGUCAACCGUGCGUCCUAUGUGAGCAGAGACGAAGAAGGCGAUGCUCGCCGAAGCACAGUCAACCGUGCAUCCUAUACGAGCCGAGAUGAAGACGGUGAUGCUCGCCGAAGCACAGUCAACCGUGCAUCCUAUCUGAGCCGAGAUGAAGACGGUGAUGCGCGCCGAAGCACAGUCAACCGUGCGUCCUAUGUGAGCCGCGAUGAAGGAGGCGACGUCGCGCGCGGCAGCGUGGCCACACGCAAGUCCUACAGCCAAGUCGCAGAAGGUGACGCGCGGCGAAGCACACGAAGCACCAUCAACCGUGCAUCCUAUGUGAGCCGUGAUGAGGAAGGUGACAUUGCCAGUCGCAAGUCCUAUGAUGCUGGCAUCGAGGAUGAAGGUGCUCGUCGCUCCAUGGCUGACCGCAAGUCCUACGAUCUUGGGCGAGACAGCCAAGGUGAUGGAACUCGCCGAAGCACAGUUAAUCGCGCGUCCUACGUGAGCCGAGACGAUGAAGGUGCUAUGCGAAGAUCCAUCGCCAGUCGCAAGUCCUACAAUGCUGGUUUCGAGGAUAAUGAAGGCGUCCGCCGCUCCACUCGCAGCUCCGCCAUGGACGAUUUCGGAGAUAUUCGACAGAGCGUGGCGACGCGGAAGUCCUAUGUGGACCCAGAAGAGGAAGGUGAUGUGCGCCGAAGCACGGUGAACCGGCUUUCGAGCGCCAGCCGCGAAGCAGAAAGUGGAAGUUUGAACCGCAGCUCCUACGGCCGAGAGGAGGAGAGUGCUCUGCGCCGGUCCGAGCUGCGUAGGUCCUAUGAGGAAGGCGACGGGCUGCGCUCCUCCGUGGCCUAUCCCCGCCCUUCAGAUGCAGGUGUACCACGCCUUUCGCGCCAGUCCGAGGGUGGUGAUCUGCGCUCCCUGGGCCGUCGCGCCUCUCAGGAAGGUCCCCGCCUCUCGCGUGAGGAGCGCCGUUCCAGGUUGUCAGGCUCGGAGCAGCGGAUGCUCUCGCAACCGCCUGCGCCAGAAGACAGCGAAUCGGACCUGCUGGUGGAGAACGGCUUCCGCCGCAAGUCCGAGGUCACCGGUCCGAAGCCACGGGCGAGCAUCCUCACGCUGGAGUUGGACGCCGACAACGUGGAGGAGAUGAAGUCGAUCGUUUGGAAGUUCACGGAGCGUGGAGCCGUGGUGAAGGUCAUCAACAAGAACUGCCCGGAGGCAGUGCCCGAGAGUUUGCGCGCUGGAGAUUUGUUGACCUUCAUCAACGAGGAGUGCGUCCUGGAGCAACCCAAGGCGUUCAUUCAGCAAGCAUGGAAGGAACAGCAGCUGGAAGACCGCUACGUCGUGCUGCGUUUCAAGCCCGUCGAGCGCGAGGCGGGGAAGCUGUGGGCGAGGAGGCUGGAUGGCCCCUUCUACUUCCAAUGGCCGCCCAGCCGUUGA